ACUACGAGGCGGAAGACAGCAGCUGAAUCCUCCGUACUAGUUAAUAGGAGCCGCUUAUGUUGGGCAGCAAACAACAGCAGUUUGAAAGAACUAGGAGGCCAGUGAAGUGUUUGUUUUCAUAGUAACCCAGUUAUAGGAAGUCGCUACUCGUUCGUCUCUGAACACGCGGUCGGGUUUGCCUGUCCGGUUGAGGAUUAAGUGUGUUUUCAUGUUGUGCAGUUUACGGUGAGUUUACGCGAGGACUUCCACCUGGCGAAUCGCAUCAGUUCGCCCGGGGAGGGUCAUCGUCAGCGACGACACCCUCUGCUGCCAUAACUGUUUAGAAAAUGACCGGAGAGAAGAUCCGCUCCCUGCGCAAGGACCACAGGCCGAGCAAGGACGAGGAUUUACUGGAGCCGGACGAGGAGGCUGCAACCGGGACGUUCACCGCCUCCAAGACGAACAGCAGGAGCAGAGCGAGUAAAAUCUUCAGCAAUCACAAGUUAGUCAAGUCUUCAUCCGCUCAGCAGCAGCAGCAACAGUCACAGAUUAACGCUAACGCCAACACUUUGUCAACGUCGGAUGUUAUCGAUGACAACAACAAAAACCCCAUUAUCCGAACCGGGCAGGACUUCCCGGUGCACGAGUGCGUGUUCAAAGGAGAUGUCCGACGCCUGUCCUCACUCAUACGGACGCAGAACAUCGCCCAGAAAGAUGUCCACGGAAACACACCAUUGCAUCUCGCCGUCAUGAUGGGGAACAAAGAGUGUGCCCACCUGCUACUGGCCCACAAUGCACCAGUGAAGGUGAAGAACGCACAGGGAUGGAGUCCCCUUGCUGAGGCCAUCAGCUACGGAGAUCGACAAAUGAUCACAGCGCUGUUGAGGAAGCUGAAGCAACAGUCCAGGGAGACUGUGGAGGACAAGAGACCCAAGCUGCUGAAAGCCCUGAAAGAACUCGGAGACUUUUACUUGGAGCUUCACUGGGACUUCCAAAGCUGGGUGCCUUUGCUCUCCAGAAUCCUACCUUCAGAUGCAUGUAAGAUCUACAAGCAGGGCCUCAACAUCAGAUUGGACACUACCUUGAUCGACUUCACGGACAUGAAGUGUCAACGCGGGGACCUCAGUUUCAUCUUCAAUGGCAACGCCAUCCCCUCCGAGUCUUUUGUUGUGCUGGACAACGAACAGAAAGUCUACCAGCGGAUACACCACGAGGAGUCCGAGAUGGAGACAGAGGAGGAAGUGGACAUACUGAUGAGCAGCGACGUGUACUCCGCAACUCUCUCCACCAAGUCCAUCACCUUCUCCAGGGCGCAGUCCGGCUGGCUGUUCAGAGAGGACAAGACGGAGCGCGUGGGAAACUUUCUGGCAGACUUUUACUCUGUGAACGGCCUGGUGCUCGAGUCCAGGAAGAGACGGGAACAUCUGAGCGAGGAGGACAUCUUGAGGAACAAAGCCAUCAUGGAGAGCCUGAGCAAAGGAGGGAAUCUCAUAGAGCAGAACUUUGAGCCGGCGAGGAGGCCAUCUUUAACUGCCCCUUCACCCAACACGGUUUCCUGGGAAGAAUACAUUUCUGCUGACAAUGGAAGAGCUCCCCAUCUAGGAAGAGAGCUGGUCUGCAAAGAGAGCAAGAAAAACUUCAAAGCCACGAUAGCCAUGAGUCAAGACUUCCCUCUGGGCAUCGAAUCGUUGUUGAAUGUUCUGGAGGUGAUUGCACCCUUCAAGCACUUUAAUAAACUCAGGGAGUUUGUUCAGAUGAAGCUCCCUCCUGGCUUUCCUGUCAAACUGGACAUCCCUGUUUUUCCUACGAUCACAGCCACCGUGACGUUUCAGGAGUUUCGCUAUGAUGAGUUUGAUCAGUCCAUUUUUACCAUUCCCAACGACUAUAAAGAAGACCCUAGCCGCUUCCCUGACCUUUAACCUCUUAAGCUGGAACAGGAAACAAAUGUGCAACGAGGGAACAUGAUGCUACAAAAUGUACUUUUCUAAUUGAAAAAGGAAACAUGGAGGAGAAAAAGAAAAUAGUGGUAAUUGUUCCUUGACAGUUUAUGGAUUUCUAUCUUCCAUCCCAACCCUGAACACAAACAGCAACAAGACAACCAGAGUUUGACAUACAGGACUGAAAUGCCAUCAUCAGAGCUGGUGGAGGCCCACUGUGGCAGAGAGGUCGAAAUCUCCUGACAGUAACGAGGCGUUUUGAAGCGCAGUGUUGCAGGUUUUUACUUUAAUCCAGCAGCUGAGGCAGGAAACUUGGAGCUGAGGGUCUGAAAGGCUCAUCAGUGAGAAGGUAAAGUGAGUUUUUGUGUAUAUGGGGUAUAAGCAGAACACAGACAGUCGGUUGAUGCUAUGUAUUUAAUUAUGUAAGUAAUGUUUAUAAAGGGAAUGUGUUUAACUGACCUGUAGUAAAGCACUGUGGGAGAGGAAUUCCACCAAAAAUGACUUUUUAGGUCCUUUUUCCUCCUAAAGUAGACUUUUAAAAAUGUGGGAUAUUAGAUCUGAGACAUAAACUGUAUAUAAUCUAAUGCCCACCUGUUAGACAGGUGUGUAUGAGAAUAAAACCACUACUUUUUUUUUUUUUACACUCAAUUCUUUAACAAUAUCACCCACAGAUGUAAUGCCACUUGAAAUUCACAACAUUGAAAAUACAUUUUGGAAAAUGAAGUAGUGUCUUUUGUAGGCUAAAACCCUAAAAAUCUGUUUUUGCAGAAUUCCUUAAAUUGUUUGUGAAUGAGUGUGUUUGUGUGUAACAUUGGGCAUGGAGUUGCAUCACUGAACUUUCGGGCACUAAUAAGAUCCAUGACAGCCACUCUACAUUCAGCUGAGUUCAUAAACACUCAUUUUGUGAUACACCUUUAAUCCUGAAUUUGAAAUAUUAUUGUUUAAUUAAGGCAAUGCUAGAAAUACUGCAAUUUUUAUGGUACCACAAAGUCUUCUCUUAGUUUGUUGGCGUGUGAGCGUGUGUAGGUAAUAAUAUCAAAGCCUUUUGUUUCUUACUACACCUUUUUAAACUGUACAAUCAUGCUAAAAUAACUAUGGAUUGUAUAGUGGGUACAUAUUAGGGAAUGAAUGAGUGACGACAACAUUCAUGCCAUUUUUACACCAUAACAAGAACCAGUACAGCACAGUAUGUAAAUACAUGUUUUAUUACCUAUUGUCUUUUAUGUUCUCUUUUAUUAUUCUUUGUGUUGGUGAUUUUAAGAUGUCCUCUACAAAAGGAACAUUUGUGGAUAUUUGUUUUUUUUUUUUUUUUUUUUUUUUUUUUUUUUUUUUUUUUUUUUUUUUAUAAAUGUAGCAUCAUCACGAGUUUGUUGAUUUUUUGACGUGGUGGCAGUUGCUAUUUUUGUACAUACUUGUAAUGUUUUAAAGAAAAAAAUGAAUCUCUUAA